CAUUCAUGAUACCACAUUUGAAACUUCAGUUCCCAGCUACGGAAUUUUGUGCAACCGAAGAGAUGCGUCGUUUAGAAACAGUUGUUUGUGCGUACGAGUUACACUGGAACAUGUUGGGGCAAGUACCGUGGCUAGAGUGAAAGUAAAAACUAUCUUAAGUGUACUGUAACAUAUUCAAAUGGUUGUAGUCAAGUGUAAUUGGGUAGCCAAUAAAUUAUUAUAUUCCAAGCGUUUUUAAUGCACGUCGCCAGAAUGUUCAUUCUUAAACGUGUGGUGUCCUUUGGAGGCAUCAUUGUCCUUCCAUGCACUUCCCUUUCUGCGUGUAGCUUAUCUGCUUGCCAUCGUCUAAGGUCCACCAAAAGACACAGCCCAUACAGCUCGGUGGACAGUGAGCGCUACUCUUCUCUUGUGAAGUCCGUCAUGAAGUCCAGGGUCACUUCCCAAAGCCCAGAAACCCUCCAAGCGGAGGACGAACACAUUUAUGGACCUAUUGUCAAAGCCCAAUUGCCGUCCUCAAGACCAGACAUGAGGGUACCUAAAACCCUUCAUCCUUUCUUACACUGCGAAGAAACUGUAGAAGCAGAGGAAUUAGAGUCAGGGCCUCCAGCCCGGAUUUCUUCGAAAAGGGGCCAAGACAAGUCUUCUAUACCGAGCGUGACUCGCAUUCUUCAGCAGACGCUCUCCCCAGAACAAAUAUUCUACCUGGAGAGAUGGAAAAAGAGGAUGAUCGCAGAGCUUGGAGAGGAUGGCUUCAAAGAAUACACUCAGAAUUUAUUUAGACAAGGCAAGCUUUUCCAUUCAGUUUUGGAGGACAUCCUGAUGUCUGGUGAAUCAUGGAAGAACAAAAGUUCUUUGGAAACACCAGAGUAUCCACCUGAGAUCCAGGGAUACAUGAAGAGCAUCUCCCAUGUACUGGAGGAUGUCAGUGCAGUGAGAGCUAUUGAAAGCACUGUGCAACACGACACCCUCAACUAUAUGGGAAUUGUGGAUUGUGUGGCUCGCUACAGAGGUGUACUAUGUGUUAUUGACUGGAAGACCUCAGAAAAGCCCAAACCAUUCCUAAGCAACACAUAUGACAACCCUGUUCAAGUGGCAGCCUAUGCUGGGGCUUUGAACAAUGAUGGAAACUACAAAUACCAGGUUCAAAAUGGACUGAUUGUAGUAGCCUACAAGGAUGGUACCCCUGCCCAUGCUCAUCAGAUGAGCUCAGAGCUGAUGUUGGAGUACUGGAAAACUUGGUUGCUACGCCUUGAUGAGUAUACAGAACAGAGAUCCAGUGCAUCAAGUGCUUUUUCAGAGAAGAGAUGAGAUGUGUGAAGCGUGAACGUUCAUGAAGUACAUUAUUUCAGUUUAAGGCAACUGA